AUGGACCCUGCAGGACACACCAUGUCCGACCAUCACUCUUCGUUGAACAUCACUUGCAUUGAUUGCAUCGGACAGAAAUCCAUUGCAUUUAGUCAAGAGACGACUCGUCCCAUCCAGUUCGACCAUCCGUUAAUAGCUUCCCCAGUGCUAUUCAUCUUGCGCUGUUUAGCAAUCGCAUUAGGAUUGCCGAUCCAUUUGUUAGUGGCCGUUGUCAUUUUACGAACUCGACAACUUUACAAUCCACGAAACGCGUUUUGGUUGGGCAGCAUAGCGUGCCAUUGUGCCAGUUUAAUAAUGGGCGCUUACGAAUAUUGGGCAGUGGUUGCGUUAACACGACCCACUGGAUGGGUAUGUCGGAUAUACAGCCUACUCGUUGGCUAUCCAUACACCAUUUUAUUAGUGAGCCUUUUAUUGGCUACGGCUGACCGUUGGUUUGCCAUUAGCAGCCCCAUCAAACACCGGCGGUACGUUACUGUGUCUGCCGUGGCCGUUUGUCUCGUCACGGCUUGGAUCCUCGUUUUCUUCUUCAUCACCAGCCCCUAUUGGUUAGGAAAAAUAAAACUGUUGGCCUGUUCUGUCAAUGCAGAUAUCAUCAAAUGGGUGACACUUACCCAUUUCAUCAUAAUCAUUUUUAUUAUUAUGGCUCAAGUGGCUGUUUUUGUCCGUACUCGUCACUGCUUGCGAUUCAAAGCGCAUCACCCAUCGAUGAAACAACCACCAGUUGAUUUCUUGUACUCGUCCAUUACUUCUUCGACAUCGACGACGCUCAAACGGGAAGAAUAUUUCGUACAUUUGCCAAACAAGACGAUAUGCCGUCUGGAAUUGGAAGCUUCGGUGACUCUGUUUUGCGGUGUGGCUACACUCUGUGUCUGCGCCCUUCCGUUGGCCUUGGUCUUUGUCACUUUGAUUGUCUGUAAAAUCGGAAUCGAUCGACUGCAAUGCAACGAAGCAACAAUUGUGGCUUUAAUCCCGUACGCCAGAGAACUGCUUCUAUUGCAUUCGGUGGGCAGUCCUGUACUGUACAUUCUCAGAAGUCGUGAAUUUUCAAAGGCUUUUCGACGUACGCUUCCACGAUGUUUCUUUUUUCUUCGAGACCAAAGACGGAGGGAGCGAUGUGCAAGUCCCAUGGAGCUAAGGCAAUUUUAA